CAGACAAGCGCGCUGCCCGCCUCGGCUCGGCUCCCCCCGCGCCGCGCCGCGCCGCGCCGCGCCGCCAGGGGCGGGAGGCGGCCAUGUCGCUAUUGUCUCUGCGAGCGGCGGUGCCCUUGCUCCGGGUCUACUGCAUCGGCCUCGGCGUCAUCCUGCACCAGCUGCGCCUCCGCCUCCGCCCGCGCCGCCGCCCGCCCCCAGUUUUCCCUACACAAAAUGGAAAGGUUGCUAUAGUGACUGGAGGUGCUAAAGGAAUUGGUUACCAAACUGUGAAGCAUUUGACGAGACUUGGCAUGCACGUUAUAAUAGCUGGAAACAGUGAGAGUGAGGGCCAAGAAGCGGUGAGGAAAAUUAAAGAAGAAACUUUGACUGGAAAAGUGGAGUUUUUAUACUGUGAUUUGGCUUCCAUGAAGUCCAUACGGCAAUUUGUGCAGCGGUUUAGAGCAAAGAAUUGUCCACUCCAUCUCCUGGUGAAUAAUGCUGGGGUGAUGCUGGUCCCUGAGAGGAAGACAGAGGAUGAUUUUGAGGAGCACUUCGGCUUGAACUACUUGGGACACUUCCUGUUGACUAACCUCCUCUUGGAUACGCUGAAGCAAUCAGGAACGCACAGUCACAACGCUAGAAUCAUCACUGUCUCAUCAGCCACCCAUUAUGUAGGCAAAUUGCACCUGGAUGACUUACAAAGCAGAUGUUCGUAUUCACCCCAUGGAGCCUAUGCCCAAAGCAAACUUGCCCUUGUGUUAUUUACCUAUCGAUUACAGCAUCUUCUGACUGCAAAUGGAAGCCAUGUGACUGCUAAUGUAGUAGAUCCUGGAGUAGUGAAUACCGAGCUCUACAAGCAUGUCUUUUGGGUAGUAAAAAUGGUCAAAUGGAUGACAGCCUGGCUACUUUUCAAGACUCCAGAGGAAGGAGCCUCUACAACCAUCUAUGCAGCAGUAUCACCCGAGAUGGAAGGAGUUGGUGGCUGCUACCUUUACAAUGAGGAAAGGACACAAUCAGCUGAUGUGACAUAUGAUGAGGAGCUGCAGAGAAGGCUCUGGACAGAAAGCUGCAAGAUGGUUGGGAUUUCUGAUGAAUCCAGCAGAGUUCCCUAGAACAAGCCACUUUCUGCUGGAUAAAUGAAAUAUAGUGACAAGCACUAUAGGUGAAUUCUUGCAGCAUCAGUCAUCAUCCUCAAAAUCACUAUUCAGUUCCAAAGGCAAACAUGAACAACUCUGUUCUUCACUUGAACCCCUAAUCUGCUAGGGUGUCGGGGGAAUAUUCCCACAGAAAGAUGUUUGUGGUUGGUUUUAAAUCUAACCAUCAGUUUUGUAAAUCAUUAUGUUUCAGUCUGUGAUUAAAAUACAAUCUUUAACCUUG